AUGCAUUGCACUUCCAUAACAGUUAUUGCCGUGGGACGCGCAGAUUCACCAGAGGUGAUUGCUGAGCGAGGAAGAAUAAUCGGAUUGUCGGAGAGUGGAGCAACAGUGACGAACAUUGCUCAUCGAAUUGGGAGAAGCGUCAAAAUGGUAAGGAAGUGGAUCCGCCGGUGGGAGGAGGAGGGCUCUGUGAAAACGAAGCCUCGAAGUGGGAGGCCACGUGCAACCUCGCCCAGGACAGAUGCCCUGAUUGUAGCAGCUGCAGAAAGGCAUCCUAUGAGGACAUCUGCACAACAUACUGAACAUCUGGGGUUAAACUGCAAUCCCAUGACCUUGAGACGCAGACUCCAUGAAGCUGGGAUUCACUGUCAUAUCCCAGCAUACAAAGGAUGGCUCACUCCUGCACACAAGGAAUGA